AUGCUCGGCAUCCUCGACAAGGGCCAGACCCGGGCAGCACCCUUUGCCACUUACACCAUGCUGGCGCCGAGGGGAUUCUCCCGGCGCUCCGUCGUCAUCUUCGCCCUCUUUGCCAGCUUCAUCGUCGGCCUCUUCUUCGCUUCAAGUCGCAUGGGCGCCCUCUGCGAAGAUGGCAGCUACUGCGACAUCUCCAGCUUCCGCCACCACCUAUCACUCGGGGGCUCUGGCAAGUCGGCUUCGCACGGCGUUGGCUCCACGGUUGGCUCGGGCGAAUGUGACCACUUUCCGGAUACGUCCAGCGUGCUGCUCGUCAUGAAGACGGGCGCGUCGGAGGCGUACGGCAAGCUCCCUAACCAGAUCAUGACCAACCUCAAGUGCGUCCCCAAUUAUCUCUUCUUCGGCGACAUGGCCCAGAAGGUCGCCGGGCACACCGUCCACGACAGCCUCGACACCGUUAUCCCCGACGUCAAGAGAAAGAAUAAAGAUUUCAACCUGUACCAUCGUCAGCAACAGUGCCCGAUUGACCUCGACUCGUGCAACAAGAACCACAACGUCGGGCAAGAGGCUUGGAGCCUCGACAAGUACAAGAACAUCCACAUGGCUGAGAAGACAUAUGCCAUGCGGCCAAACCACGAUUGGUAUCUCUUCGUGGACGCUGAUACCUACGUGGUCUGGCCGACCAUGAUGAAAUGGCUCAGCAAACUCAAUCCCAAGCAGCCGCUUUACAUUGGCAGCGUCGCCUAUGUUGCCAACUUCCCGUUUGGCCACGGUGGGAGCGGCUAUCUCGUGUCCCAGGCCGCCAUGCAUAAGCUCUUUCAUGGCAAGAAUGGCGUUGCCAACCGAUGGGACGAGCGCGCGACGCACGAGUGCUGUGGCGACUUCAUGUUCUCGCUGGCUCUGCACACCGAAACGGGGGUCUCCGUGCAGAAUGCGUGGCCGACGAUCAACGGCGAGAAGCCGCACACGCUGCCGUACGCCGAAAACGAGUGGUGCCAGCCCAUCGCGACCAUGCACCACGCGGGUGCGCAGGAGAUCUCCGACAUAUACGCGUUCGAAAAGGGGCGCAACUUUAGCUACCCGCUGCGAAUCAAGGAUUUGUACCAUGAAUUUGUCGAGGACCAGCUCGUGGUGUCGCGAAACGACUGGAAUAACCUGAGCGACGAUGUCUUCUACCUCAACAAGUCGGCGUCGGCGUACAGCGACUGGGAGCUUGGCAAAGCCAAGAAAGGAGACCUGACAGCGCUGGAGGCGGUUGCGCAUCGGAGCCUCGAAGACUGCCGCAAAGCUUGCGACGGUGCGAGUGACUGCCUGCAGUACCGGUUUUGGAACGGCAUCUGCUCCUUCAGCAAGACCAUCAAGCACGGCAACCCGACAAAGCUGGAGAAGGAGGUGUGGUGGCGGUUCAAGAGUGGGUGGAACCUCAAGAGGAUCAAGGAAUGGGUGACAGCACACGAUACGUGCGGCUCCGUCAGCUUUCCUUUCCAGUGA